UAAAAAUGAAAGGACGGAGAUUAACAAGAAGGGAUCAUGGAAAGGCUUUGAUUAACAAGAAAGGUGGUGGGAAGCACAACAGAAGCCUCCAUUCUUCAUUACAUACACAGCUAGAAACAGAGCAGGAUCAGUUUUAAUACCUACAGAUCGGCACAAUCAAGCAAGGGUUGUGUCAGUUGUAAUAUAAUCAAUGGCUGCAACAAGCUCCAGAUGCAACACACCCUCUCCACCCUUUUCUCCUACCCAAAAUAACCGUAAAUGGACAUAUCAUGUGUUCCUGAGUUUCAGGGGUGAAGACACCCGCAAGAACUUCACUGGUCAUUUAUACAGUGGCUUGAGUAGAUUUAAGCUUCUUGUUUUCAAGGAUGAUGAGAAGCUUGAGAAAGGAAAAGUGAUCGCACCAGAGCUCUUAAAAGCAAUUGAGCAGUCAAUGUUUUUAGUCGUUGUUCUUUCUAAGAACUACGCUUCUUCAUCUUGGUGCUUAGAUGAACUAGCUAAGAUUAUAGAAUGUGGUGAUCAAAAAAGGCAGACGAUUUUUCCUGUCUUUUAUGAUGUGGACCCGUCAGACGUGAGGAAACAAACAGGGAGCUUCCAGGAUGACUUUGCAAAACAUGAAGAAAAGUACAGAGAGAACAUAGACAAGGUUAGAAAAUGGAGGGCUGCUAUGACACAGGUAGCCAAUCUACCUGGAUGGACUUCGAAGAACAGGAACGAGUCAGAAAUAAUUGAAGAAAUUGUUCAAAAGAUAGAUUACGAAGUGAGUCAAACAUUCUCAAGUGUCAGCGAAGACUUAGUUGGAAUAGAUUCUCGAGUGAGAGUAGUGAGUGAUAUGUUAUUCGGAGGACAAAAUGAUGUUCGCAUUAUUGGGAUUUGUGGGAUGGGUGGCAUCGGUAAAAGCACCAUUGCCAGAGUGGUCUACGACAAGAUUAGGUGUGAAUUUGAAGGUAGCUGCUUCCUUGCAAAUGUCAGGGAAGGUUUUGAGAAACAUGGGGCAGUUCCAUUACAAAAGCAACUUCUUUCUGAGAUCCUAAGGGAAAAGAGCCCAAAGAUAUGGGAUCCAGAGAAAGGAAUCAAUGAGAUAAAGAACAGGUUGCAAAACAGAAAGGUGCUUGUCAUUCUUGAUGAUGUAGAUAAUCUAAAACAGCUGCAUUUCUUGGCUGUGGACUGGAAAUGGUUUCUUCUAGGGAGCCGAAUAAUCAUAACAAGUAGGGAUAAGAAUUUGUUGAGUGCGAAUGCAGUGGAUGUAUAUGAGGCCGAGGGGUUAAAUGAUGAUGAUGCUCUUGUCCUAUUGAGUCGAAAAGCAUUCAAAAAAGACCAACCAAUAGAAGGUUACUGGGAACUAUGCAGACGUGUUCUGGGCCAUGCCAGGGGCCUUCCAUUAGCUGCUAGAGUCUUGGGUUCUUCUCUCUGUGGCAGAAGCAUGGAUUUUUGGGAAAGUUUCAUUAAGAGACUAAAUGAAAUUCCAAAUAGGGACGUCAUGGAUGUUCUAAAAAUAAGUUUUGAUGGAUUAGAGGAACUAGAGAAGAAAAUAUUCUUAGAUAUUGCUUGUUUCUUUAAGGGGAUGAAAAAAGAUCAAGUAACAAGGAUACUUAACCAAUGUGGUUUUCAUGCAAAUUAUGGAAUACAAAUUCUCCAAGAUAAAUCUCUCAUAUGUGUGUCAAAUGAUACAUUGUCGAUGCAUGAUUUGUUACAAGCAAUGGGUAGAGAAGUUGUUCGUCAAGAAUCUACAGCAGAGCCGGGAAGGCGUAGUAGAUUGUGGGCAAGUAAAGAUGUCUUUCAUGUGCUUGGGAAAAACACGGGGACAGAGGAAAUAGAAAGCAUAGCCCUGGACUGGCCUAACCCAGAAGAUGUGGAAGGCACAAUGCAAAAAACCAAAAUGUCAGCAUGGAACACGGGAGUCUUCUCAAAAAUGAGCAGGCUAAGUUUCCAGCCAGAAAAUCUUGUUGAAGUUCAAAUGUGUUACAGUAACUUGCGGCAACAUUGGCUUGGAAAUAAGAUUCUUGACAAUUUGAAAGUCAUUGAUCUCAGUUACUCCGAAUAUUUAACCAAGACCCCUGAUUUCACUGGGUUUCCGAAUCUUGAGAGGUUGAUUCUAGAGGGUUGUCGAAGGCUGUCUGAGGUCCAUUCAUCAAUUGGUCAUCACAAUAAGCUGAUUUAUGUGAAUUUAAUAGACUGCAAAAGUCUUACAAGUCUCCCAAGUAGAAUAAGUGGUUUAAAGUUGCUAGAAGAACUUCAUCUCUCUGGCUGCUCAAAACUGAAAGAGUUUCCAGAAAUUGUGGGAAAUAAAAAAUGUUUGCGGAAGCUUUGUUUAGAUCAGACUAGCAUUGAAGAACUGCCCCUAUCAAUUCAAAAUUUGGUUGGCCUAAUUUCAUUGAGCCUCAAAGAUAAGAAACUUGCUCGUCUUCCAAGCAGCAUAAAUGGUUUGAAGUCCCUCAAAACUCUCCAUCUAUCUGGCUGCUCUGAACUUGAGAAUCUGCCAGAGAAUUUGGGGCAGUUAGAAUGUUUGAACGAGCUUGAUGUAAGUGGAACUGCCAUAAGAGAACCACCAGUCUCCAUUUUUUCCCUGAAGAAUCUUGAAAAAUUGUCUUUUCAUGGAUGCGCGGAAUCUUCGAGUUCCACCACAAAUAUUUGGCAGCGUUUAAUGUUUCCACUGAUGCCAAGAAAAAGAGCAACCUCAACAACUCUGUUGUUACCUUCUUUAUCACGUUUAUCUUCUCUAACAAAGCUGGAUCUAAGUAAUUGCAAUCUUGGGGAAGGAGCAGUACCCAAUGAUAUUGGCUCCUUGUCCUCCUUAAGGCAUUUGGAUCUCAGCUGUAAUAAAUUUGUUAGCCUGCCUACAAGCAUCGAUCAACUUUCAGGACUUGAAUUUCUUCGCAUGGAAGAUUGCAAGAUGCUUCAAUCACUCCCUGAACUUCCAUCGAGCAUCGAAGAGUUCAGAGUCAACGGUUGUACAUCAUUAGAAAAAAUGCAAUUUUCAAGAAAGCUAUGCCAAUUGAAUUAUCUGAGAUAUCUCUUUAUAAAUUGCUGGAGAUUGUCUGAGAGUGAUUGCUUGAAUAAUAUGUUUCCUACCCUGCUCAGAAAAUGCUUUCAGGGCCCUCCUAAUUUAAUCGAAUCAUUUUGUGUCAUUAUUCCUGGAAGUGAAAUUCCAACUUGGUUCAGCCAUCAGAGUGAGGGGCCAGCAGUGAGUGUACAAACACCUCCCCAUUCCCAUGAAAAUGAUCAGUGGUUGGGAUAUGCUGUAUGUGCUUCUUUGGGAUAUCCUGAUUUUCCACCUUCGGUACGUCGAUCUCCUAUGCAAUGUCUUUUUAACGGCGAUGGAAAUGAGUCGGGAAGCGUUUAUGUGAGAUUGAAACCGUGUGAGAUUUUGUCAGAUCACCUUUGGUUUCUGUAUUACCCUUCUCGUUUCAAAAGAUUCGACCGUCACGUUAGGUUCAGGUUCGAAGAAUACUGUUCUCAAACAAAGGUGAUCAAGUGUGGAGUUCGUCUUGUAUACCAGCAAGAUGUUGAAGAGUUAAACCGGAUGACAAAUCUACAUGAGAACUCAACUUUCGAGGGUGUUGAUGAAUGUUUUCGAGGGUGUUGAAUCGGAUGACUCGGUCCUACUAAUGAUGUUGGAGAGGCCAGCGGAAGUAUUAGUUCUGAUGAGCAGCCCCCCACCAAAAAGCUGAAACAAAUAUAGCAGAAGUUGCACUUGCAUCCGCUUACA